AGACCGGAGGGCGCUGGGCUCCGAGAGGCAGCUCGCUCGCGGCGAGCCGGCCCGAGCCCGGGCGGCGGGUUCUUCGCCAUGCCGGGGAUGGUGCUGUUCGGCCGGCGCUGGGCCAUCGCCAGCGACGACUUGGUCUUCCCGGGGGUCUUCGAGCUGUUCGUGCGAGUGCUGUGGUGGAUCGGCAUCCUGACGCUGUACCUCAUGCACAGAGGGAAGCUGGACUGUCCUGGUGGCGUCCUGCUCAGCAGUUACCUGAUCGUGCUCAUCAUUCUCCUGGCAGUUAUCAUAGGCACCGUGUCAGCCAUCGUGUGUGUCAGCAUGAAAGGGACCAUUUGUAAUCCUGGACCACGGAAAUCCAUGUCUAAGCUGCUCUACGUGCGCCUGGCACUCUUUCUGCCAGAGAUGGUCUGGGCGUCCCUGGGGGCCGCCUGGAUAGAGGACGGUGUUCAGUGUGACAGGACGGUGGGGAAUGGCAUCAUUGCGACUGUCGCGGUCAGCUGGAUCAUCAUCGCCUCCACCGUGGUCAUCAUUGUCAUCGUCUUUGACCCGCUGGGGGGGAAGAUGGCUCCGUAUCCCCCUGCAGGCCCCCAUCACCUGGAUAGUCAUGAGUCCAGCCAGUUACUUAAUGGCCUCAAGACGGCAGCUACAAGCGUGUGGGAAACGAGAAUCAAGUUCCUGUGUUGCUGCAUCGGCAAAGACGACCAUACUCGAGUUGCUUUUUCGAGUACGGCAGAGCUUUUCUCAACCUACUUUUCAGACACGGACCUGGUGCCCAGCGACAUUGCAGCAGGGCUCGCUCUUCUCCGUCAGCAACAGGACAACAUCAGGAACAACCAGGAGCCUGACCAGGUGGUCAGCCAUUCCCCAGGGCCCUCCCAGGAAGCUGAUUUGGAUGCAGAAUUAGAAAACUGCCAUCACUACAUGCAGUUUGCAGCAGCUGCCUAUGGGUGGCCUCUCUAUAUUUACAGAAACCCUUUUACGGGGCUGUGCAGGAUUGGUGGCGACUGUUGCAGAAGCCGGACAACCGAUUAUGACUUGGUUGGAGGUGACCAGCUCACCUGUCACUUCGGCUCCAUCCUGCAGACGACGGGGCUGCAGUACCGGGACUUCAUUCACGUCAGCUUUCACGACAAGGUGUACGAGCUCCCCUUCUUAGUGGCUCUGGACCACAGAAAGGAGUCGGUGGUGGUGGCUGUGAGGGGAACCAUGUCUCUCCAGGACAUCCUUACGGACCUGUCAGCAGAGAGCGAGCCGCUCGACCUCGAGUGUGAGGUGCAGGACUGCUGGGCACACAAGGGGAUUUCUCAAGCUGCCAGAUACGUUUACCAACGACUCAUCAACGACGGGAUUUUGAGCCAGGCGUUCAGCAUUGCACCUGAAUACCGGCUGGUCAUCGUGGGGCACAGCCUGGGGGCAGGCGCCGCGGCCCUGUUGACCAUCAUGCUCAGAAACCCAUACCCACGAGUCAGGUGUUACGCCUUUUCCCCGCCCAGGGGGCUGCUGAGCAAAUCCCUUUGUGAAUACUCUAAGACCUUCAUCGUGUCACUUGUUCUGGGCAAGGAUGUGAUUCCCAGGUUAAGUGUGACCAACUUGGAGGAUUUGAAGAGGAGAAUCUUGCGAGUGAUUGCUCACUGCAACAAGCCCAAGUACAAGAUCCUGCUGCGCGGGUGCUGGUACGAGCUCUUCGGAGGGCACCCCGAGGAGCUGCCGACGGAGCUGGAUGGGGGCGACCUGACGCAGCCUCUCCUCGGGGAGCGGAGCCUGCUGGCGCACGGGUCCCCGGCCUACAGCUUCUCCAGCGACUCCCCGCUCGAGUCCCCCAGCAAGUACCCCCCUCUCUACCCCCCCGGCAGGAUCAUCCACCUGGAGGAAGUGGGCACUUCAGGGAGGUGUUCCUGCUGUCCUGCUGCUCGGUAUAGCGUGAAAUGGUCACACGAGUCGGAGUUCAGCAAAAUACUCAUUGGCCCAAAGAUGCUAACAGACCACAUGCCAGACAUCCUGAUGAGAGCCCUGGACAGCGUGGUGUCCGACAGGGCCGCCUGUGUUUCCUGUCCGACCCAGGGAGGCUCCAGUGUGGACGUGGCGUAACCAGGGCAACUGGGAGCUGCUCGGGCCGUGGACACCGCUCUUGUUCCGACAGUGACUUAACAUCGGAGUGAGUCCCACGAUGCCCAUACCUGGAUGUCCAUCGAUCGGAUUUCAGUGGUCUCCUAAAUGACUGAUUUGAGAAAUACCUCUGACCACGAUAUUCACACAAUCAGGAGCCAGGAGAGCACUGAGGUGACGGCCCCCCCGAGACUGAGCGGGCGUGACGCCCUUUCCUGUAGGCCUGCUGAUUCCCGGGAGUCCCACAGCCAGGUUUAAGGCCCUAACGGAUCUGUAGGCACCCGCCCCUCAGGCCACCUUUCCAGUGACAGGGUCCUGCCUUCCGAGUUGGCACACAGGUGUGCACUGUAUUCUGCAAACUGGACUUUCCUGCCUGCACAAACUCCGUGUCAGUUGCGAGGGUGCAGGCUGGGGUUCUGUCCCGGGUGGCGCCAAGCGAGGGUCAGCCCUGGGCUCCGACUGGGGGUCAGACGAAACCAGGUCGGGGAAGCAAGCAGACUGCUGCGCCUGCCCUCCGAGUGCCCCGCUGCCUGUUCACACUGCUUGUUUCACCAGCCUCAGGGUGCUGGCCCGGUUCUCGUGGGAGAUUCGCGGAGGUCGGCCAGUGGAUGCAGAGCGAGUUAAAAAAAAAAAAAAAAAGCACUUACAUAUCGUGAGUGCCUGCACAGCCAUGAACUCUUCCAGUGGGUGUUUCUGGGCAGGUCUAUUUUACUGGGUAGUUUUACAACAGUCCUGUUUUAAACAUCUUUUUUCUGUCCACUGUAAACAACAAAAUGGAAUCUUAAGUUUUCCUGGCGCUCUGGCUAAAGACUGAAGGUUGCCCAGGCGUCUGACUGCACUCCACCCCCGAUCCAAACCCUGUAAAAUGACAGUGAUGGGAUUCCUUUAGAAAGCAUAAACCCACAAGGACGGGGGGAAGAAGAGACAGGAACAGGGAGAUGGCCAGAGGUAAGCGGACUCCUGGGUGAAGUGGGGAAGGAAAGACAAGAAUAAAUCCGGUCUACAAACCAGAUGGCCAGAGGUAAGCGGACUCCUGGGUGAAGUGGGGAAGGAAAGACAAGAAUAAAUCCGGUCUACAAACCAGAUGCCCAGGCACCUCGGACCUGGGCGUGAAGCAGACAGCGGGGGACCGGCCAGAGUGACGGCUGGAAGAAAUCUGGCUCCUCGCUUGCUUCAGGGUAGAGGGGGCGCUGGGCACCAGCGCAGUAGAACAACUCCUCCCACUUGGCUCCCAGAACCUUCAAGAAGAUGCUCCAAGGAAAUCAGACCUCUAGGGAUACCUGCCCCCUCAGGGCCUAGUAGCUGUCACAGCCAUACCACCUCAGCUUUUGAAAACCUGCAAAGCUCUCUGACUGAAAUGCCGCGGUAACAUCCAACUGCUACAAGUUUCGUUUCUAAACAUAAUUCCUGUACGUUCCUAGCAGCAGAAAGGAAAGCGAUCUCCAGCACGUUGAACCACACUGCCCUGGCGUGACCCACCUACGUGCUCAGUGUCCGGUCUGCUUUUUAGUUUUCGGUGUUCAAGCACGAGCCAGGGAUCGCCAGACACUUGGGGAACAAAGGACCAAAAGAAACAGACACGGGAGAAGCUUCAAACCCUCCCAGCUACAUACAGCUUGGGAACAGAAAGAGUGCUGCAACCACAAAACUGAUCCACAAGGCUGAAAAAUAGUAUUUAGGGAAUAAAGAACUCCUGGACAUGAAAAGUAUAAAAAACGAAAUCAAAAGCAGCUGGGAAAGGGAUACCUGAAUAAUGGGAGACAAGCUUCCAGACAGAACAAGCCCACCAAGCACAGGGUAUGGGAGACAAAGAUCCACCCAGGACAUGAAGACACAGGGCAGACCCCACAAGACGUGGAGAUAAACGUACCGCCCCCUGCAGUGCAAACGGCCAAGACGACGGGAGAGCUGCCUUCAAGAAGCCGAACAGAAGUUAUUUCCAGCCUGGAAUUUCAGACCCAGCCAAAAAGCGUCAGGUUAGAAUGAAGUUAUUUUCAAAGAUACAAGUGCUCAAAAACAUAGCUCACCCACAUACUCCUCAGGAAGCUCUUGGAGAAUCUGUCCAUCAAGGUGAGAAAGUAAAUUAGAAAACAAGGAGUUAAGAUGUAGAAAAUAAAAGAUCAACACGUAAGAGAAGUGGUGGUCAGAGGGCUCUGUGCCUUUAGGGAAAUGAAAACUGAUGAAACACAUGAUACGUCCGAAUGUCCUGAGAGAUUUAGACAACAGAUGGAAAAGUCACAGUUAAGUUAAUCAAGUACACAGAGAACAAAUAAACUAGUACUCCAAAAGAAACCAAAGUUGUGCAGGAAAGGCAGAUUCUGUUACUACAUGGCUCAGCCCUGAGCGUUUACGUGGCAGUGGUAAUGCAGACACUGAAUAUCAGCGCCAACCCAAACGACUGUACUGAAGGGGUGGGAAAGGUGUGUUGAGGCUGGGGUUACGGCUGGUUAAGAGCUACUGCAUCCCCACCGGGGAGGGGACGUCGUCGGUGGUGGCUGGAACUGAAAAUCCAACGGAGCACACAGCUUAGCCUGAGCCCCGGGGAGGGGAGGGGCUGACAGCUCAAUCAGUCACCAAUGGCCAGUGACUGAACUGAAGCCUCCAGAAAAUUCGAAGGGACCUGGUUUGGAGAGCUUCCGGGUUGGUGAACAUGUGGAGAUGUGGGGAGAGCCGUGCACCCAGGGAAGCGCCCAGCCCUUCCUCCAUACCUUGCCCUCUACAUCUCUUCCGUCUGGCUGUUCCUGAGUUACAUCCUUUUAUGAUAAACCAGUGAUCUGGUAAGUAAAAGAGAAAAAAGCAAGCAUAUGCUUUAGACAUGUGAAGACAAGUAUGAAGAAUUACCUAAGAGAACUCAAAAUAGGUGCCUCUAGGGAGGGUGCGAAGGGGGAAGACUGCUGUUUUUGUAGCAAACCUUUAGAUUUGGUCUUUAAACUGCAUUAUUUAUCUUUGGUUAAAAAAAAAAAAAACUCUUC